GAUAGCUGCCAAGGCGCCAACCAAGCCGCAGGUCCUCUCCCUGUUCCUCCUCGUCCCCUCUCCUCCUGGCCAGACAAACUAGUUAAGCCCCAGAGCAACGGCCGAUCGAGCUGAGAGCUCUUUAAGAGAUCGAGUGGUGGCUGGUGCCUCAGCGGCCGAGCAAGCGAGCGAGCGAGCAAAGUACAGUACUAGCUGGUGGAGCUUGCAACUAGCUAGGAAUGGCUUCGCUGCAGGUCGGCGCCGGCCGCGGCGUGGGUUGCUGCUUCGGCCCGCUGGACGGCCGGCGGCAGGAGAGGAGAGCGACGGCGGCGCUGCGACCGCCGAGGGCGGGUGCGGGGGCGAAGGUGGCGGAGGAGGACAAGGUGAGGCUGGGCGAGUCCAGCGUGGCGGUGAGCAAGCUCGGCAUCGGCGCGUGGUCGUGGGGCGACACCACCUACUGGAACGACUCCGAGUGGGACGACAGGAGACUGAAGGAGGCUAAAGCAGCAUUCGACGCCAGCAUCGACAACGGAAUGACUUUCUUUGACACCGCCGAAGUAUACGGCACAGCGCUCAUGGGAGCAGUGAAUUCAGAAAGCCUACUGGGAGAUUUCAUCAGGGAGAGGCAGCAGAAGGGGGCGGUGGAGGUGACCGUGGCCACCAAGUUUGCGGCGCUGCCCUGGAGGUUCGGACGUGGCAGCGUCCUCUCGGCGCUCAAGAAGUCGCUGGAGCGCCUGGGCCUCCCCUCCGUCGAGCUCUACCAGCUCCACUGGCCAGGGCUAUGGGGAAACGAAGGGUACCUUGAUGGCCUGGCGGACGCGUACGAGCAAGGUCUCGUCAAGGCCGUCGGAGUCUCCAACUACAAUGAGAAACGCCUCCGGGACGCACACGCGCGGCUCAAGAAGAGGGGCGUCCCGCUGGCCGUGAACCAGGUGAACUACAGCCUCAUCUACAGGACGCCCGAGGAGAACGGCGUCAAGGCUGCCUGCGACGAGCUCGGCGUCACGCUCAUCGCCUAUUCCCCCAUCGCCCAAGGUGUUCUGUCAGGGAAAUACACUCCGGAGAAUCCACCCACGGGUCCUCGGGGGAAUACCUACACUCCCGAGUUCCUCGCCAAGCUCCAACCGCUGAUGAACAGGAUCAAAGAGAUUGGAGUAAGCUAUGGCAAGAAACCAACUCAGGUGUCUCUCAACUGGCUGACCUGCCAGGGCAACGUGGUGCCCAUCCCGGGGGCCAAGAACGCCGGGCAGGCAAUGGAGUUCGCCGGUGCACUCGGGUGGAGCCUCACCGCCGACGAGGUCGAGGAGCUGCGGACCCUCGCGCGCGAGAUCAAGGGAAUCAAGAUGCCCAUCGAGGAGUCAUGAUGCGUUGGAUUAGAUGACAUCACUUCUACUCUUGUACCUGGUGGUGUACGUCCACAUGAGCCAUCGCGACCCCAUGUAGUACAACAAGUAGAUGUAGAAAUAAAUAAGAGCAACUUCAACCGGGCGACC